UCAGUCGUUAGUUGAGCACGCACCAUUGAGCGGUACGGAACUGUUAAAUUGGCGUCUGACUAAGUGUGUGUUUGAGGCGUACGCGAUCUUUGGGGCAACGUACGAACGAGAGCUUACGCAUAAAUUCUAAAAGAUACAGUCAUGCACUUGGUACCGAUAAUAUUUAUAGCUAUGGGCGCUAUUAGUCUUGUGAUAGCGGCACCUUCAACGGAAGCUGCCUCAGCAAAUCUGCCCGAGCUAAACCAUUGCGAUCACAAGUUAACAAAGUCGAAUAAGUAUUUGGAUUAUCCAUUUUGGAAGAAGUUCUUCAAGCAUUUGGUACCCUUUACGAGCAGCGCUCGUGUCAAAAUGCAAUUCUUUCUAUUCAAAAGGGACUUUCCCGAUUGCGGUAAAGAACUGUUUCCCAAUGAUGAUGAGACCUUGGAGCGUUCCGGUUUCGAUGCACGUCAUCCCACUAGAAUUAUCAUACACGGCUGGAUGAGUCAAGGCAAGGGUUCAUUGAAUCGGGAUGUGAAGAGCGCGUAUCUGAGUUUGACUAAGCCCAAGCCCAACACACAAAAUAAUGAUGAUGACGCAAGGAAUGAGCCCCAUACGGAAGCGCCACGUUAUGAGGAUUUCAAUAUAAUUGUGUGCGAUUGGAGCAAGAUAUCCUCGAAUGUAAACUACUUUGGUGUUGCCGAUAUGGUCGAGGAUCUGGGCUUUUUGCUAGCCGAGUUUGUGCGUUUUCUCCAUAUGCGUGCCGGUCUGCAGUUUGACGAUGUCUAUCUUAUUGGGCACUCUCUGGGUGCACAGAUUGCGGGCAGUGCGGGCAAGCAAAUCAGACCUUUUCGCUUCAAUACGAUCUAUGCCUUGGAUCCGGCGGGUCCCAAGUUUCGUGAGCAGAGCGAUGAGUAUCGCAUCGAUGCUAGUGAUGCCCACUAUGUAGAGUCAAUACAGACGAGCAUCGGAUUGGGCUUCGAGGAGCCCGUGGGCCAUGCGACCUUCUAUCCUAACUAUGGCAAGGAUCAAAAGAAGUGCUAUAUGUACGGCUGUUCCCACAAGCGUGCCCACGACUAUUUUGCCGAGUCCAUCAAUAGCACUAAGGGUUUCUGGGGCAUUCGCUGCGAGCGCAUAUCCAAAAAGACUUGGGUACUCUUAGACAAUGAUGGGGAAUUUCGUAUGGGUGGUGAGCCGUCAGAUCCCAAGAAUGGAACGUUCUAUGUAAAAACCUAUGAUAAAAAGCCCUAUGCUAUGGGCACCAAGCAAGCGCUGGCGGAUGCUUCUCGGCAGGAAGAGAGAACAACUGAGGUGUAUCAUUAAUAUUAAUCUGAUUAUGUGAAUAAGCGACAAGAGUAGCCUAGCUGUGAAAUAUUGUUAAGAAAGUUGCCUUAAUAAUAAAUGGAUAAUAAUUCUUAAA